GUUUAACCAUUAAAUCAGGACACCUUAUGUUUUCAGCCGCUCCCUUUUGGCCUGAUUUCUUCAUAAAACCCAUUAAAUAUAUAAUCUCCUGUGCUGCACCUGAUAGGACAUUAAAGGACAGCCCACUGAAGAUUAGUAGAGCUGCAUCCCUCUGACAGCUCUUUAACUGUGAUUAGCUUUUUCCCAGCCGGCUAUGGGCAGACCAACAGACUGUGGGGUGAAGGAGAGACCCAAAUGGGACAACAAGACUCAGUACCUGCUGACAUGUAUCGGCUUUGCAGUGGGAGUUGGAAACGUGUGGCGUUUUCCCUACCUGUGCCAAAUCUACGGAGGAGGUGCGUUCCUCAUCCCCUACCUGAUAGCGCUGGUGUUCGAGGGUCUCCCCCUGCUCUACCUGGAGCUGGCUAUAGGACAGAGGCUCCGCCUGGGAAGCAUCGGCGUCUGGAACACCAUCUCACCGCUGCUGGGUGGAGUCGGCAUCGCCUCCAUGUGGGUGUCACUGCUGGUGAGCAUUUUCUACAACACCCUGCUGGCCUGGGUGCUCUGGUACUUCUUUCACUCUUUCCAGAACCCUCUGCCGUGGAGCCAGUGUCCGCUGAAUGACAACCUGACAGGUUAUAAUGACGAGUGUGUGAAGAGCACUCCAGUGAACUACUUCUGGUACCGUGAGACCCUGAACGUCACACCAGACAUCGAGAUCAGUGGCUCCCUGCAGUGGUGGCUGGUCAUCUGUCUGGCCAGCGCCUGGUUAGUGGUCUACAUCUGCUUCAUCAAAGGCAUCGAGUCCAUGGGAAAGGCUGUGUAUGUGACGUCCACAUUUCCCUACCUGGUGCUGACCAUCUUUCUGAUCCGUGGCCUCACUCUGCCCGGAGCUACUGACGGACUGGUGUACCUCUUCACUCCUGAUUGGGAGAUUCUGAAGAACCCUCAGGUGUGGCUGGACGCUGCCACUCAGAUCUUCUUCUCUCUGUCUCUGGCGUUUGGAGGUCUCAUAGCUUUCUCCAGCUACAACGCUGAGAAAAAUAACUGUGAGACGGACGCUCUUAUCGUAGGAAUAAUAAACAGUGCCACGUCUCUUUACGGCUCCAUUUCCAUCUUCUCCAUCCUGGGAUUUAAAGCAAACACUGCCUACAACUCCUGUAUGGAGGAAAACAUCUUGGCUGUGACCAACCACUUUGAGUUCUCAGACCAGAACAUCACAGUGGAGAACUACAAUCACUGGAUUGAGUAUCUAAAUCAAACAUCUCCAGGUGAGCUGGCCAAAUUGGACCUGAGGCCCUGUGACCUGCAGACAUUCCUCGACCAGAGCGCCUCAGGUACCGGCCUGGCUUUCAUUGUGUUUAGCGAAGCAGUGAUCGAGAUGCCAGGCUCGCAGGUAUGGGCCAUACUGUUCUUCAUCAUGCUCCUCAGCCUGGGCCUCUCCUCCAUGUUUGGCAACCUAGAGGGAGUCCUCAAUCCCAUUAGGGACCUCAAACUGGUGCCUGAGUGGAUCCCUGAUGAGCUCGUAACAGCGGUCAUCUGCCUGAUCUCCUUCUUCAUAGGCCUCAUCUUCACCCUGGGGUCGGGGAACUACUGGAUGGAGAUCUUCAACAGCUACGUGGGCUCAGUACCUCUGCUUAUCGUCGCAUUGUUUGAGAUCAUUGGAGUCAUUUAUGUCCAUGGAAUGAAAAAUUUCAGUGACGAUAUCUACUUCAUGACUGGGAAGAGGCCCAACAUCUUCUGGAAGGCGUGCUGGAUGGUCAUCAGUCCUUUGAUGCUCCUGGUGGUGUUGGUUUCCUACGUGGUCGUCCAGGCACAGAAACACCCCACCUAUCCUGCAUGGAACCCAGACUAUGAACUGUUCCCAAAAACUGAAACCAAGUCCCACCCAGACUGGGUGUUUGCCAUCAUCAUCCUCCUCUCUGUAGUACCUGUGAUUUCCAUCCCUCUGGUGGCUCUCUACAGACUCAUCUGCUGUGGAAUCAAGAAGUCGUCUGCUCACGCCGACCUAACUCCCUACUACAACGACAGCUUUGAGGCUGAAACACCGCAACACAAGAACCAGAGAGCUUAAAAAUGUUUGCAAGAAACAACGUUACUGCACAGAAAAGGACCUCUGACAUAUAAUCAGUCACACUGACUUUACUACUGAUUUAUGUUGUUUACAUUUAUCAGCGUUUCACAGAACCUGAAACUGGAUUAAUUUCACAGAGAAAUUCUACUCUUUGGAGAUGAUCAAACACAUCACACUGAAACACACAACCAUGUCACAAACCAUCACUGCAGAGAUCUGAACGAUCCUCCAGGUGACGUCAAGUCUUCUUUAUGGAAAACUACCACAAAGUAUAAAUCAAAGUCCAGAGAGACAAACAGCUGUGCGAGGGGGCGGGGUCUGCAACAGUAGCUGGAUGAUUCAGUUAUCCAUCUUUACUAAUCUGGUGGUUGUUCAUUUAUAGGGUGUGUUUAUGACUGAGCUUUAUCACUUAAGUGUUUUAUAUCAGAUGACUAAAGACUGUUUUCUUCUUUCCGAAUGCUAUAUAAUGGAUGCCAUUUUUGGCACACUGACAAUCAGAUAAAUCUGAAUCACUGCAGGUAAAGUUUAGCACUGAGUUUUUGUACAUGAACAUUUGAAAGAAGCAGGACUAAGUGCUCUUGUCUACCUUACAGCUGCUGAGGUUUCAUGGUUGAGGUGGGGACUGUAAUCUGUACGAGCUCAAAGUCUACAUCUGGAUGGCCAAGAAGUCCUCGGGGGUCCUGGGUUUAGCGGCCUGUCGGACUCUGGCCAGUCUCAGAUCCCCCAGACGCCUCUCCAGACUGCGCUUUCCUGUCAACAGGACGACAGCAGAGGGUUGAUUUUUUUAACCAUUUUGAUAGUGAACAAUAAAAUUCGUCCACCUGAAGUAUUUCAAAUCGUAAAAUCAAAUUAAAGGUGGUAAUAAACUGA